UCACUUCCCAGUUAAACGUGGCUGCCUUGCAAGUGAAGGAAGGAGUGGCUUUUCGAUCUGUCAAGUUAAAUGAUUUCUCGUGACAAUUAAUGACUCGUUGCAUCAAUUAAGUUAUUCUUGUGUGUUUAACACUUUAACUCAUUGCGUAAUAGUUCUAUAAUAUAAAAAAUGUCGUCUUCGGGUGAUUUUGGAAACCCGUUGCGUAAAUUUAAGCUUGUCUUUCUCGGUGAACAGAGCGUUGGAAAAACUUCUCUUAUCACACGGUUUAUGUAUGACAGCUUUGACAACACGUAUCAGGCUACAAUAGGUAUAGAUUUUUUAAGCAAAACUAUGUAUCUGGAGGAUAGAACUGUAAGAUUACAAUUAUGGGAUACUGCAGGUCAAGAACGGUUUAGAUCUUUGAUACCUAGUUAUAUCAGAGAUUCUACUGUUGCAGUUGUGGUAUAUGAUAUUACUAAUGCAAAUUCAUUUCAUCAAACAUCAAAAUGGAUUGAUGAUGUACGGACUGAAAGAGGAAGUGAUGUAAUUAUUAUGUUAGUGGGUAAUAAAACAGAUUUGGGUGAUAAAAGACAAGUAUCAAUGGAAGAAGGUGAAAGAAAAGCUAAAGAAUUAAAUGUAAUGUUUAUUGAAACUAGUGCUAAAGCUGGAUAUAAUGUGAAACAACUCUUUAGAAGAGUAGCAGCAGCUUUACCGGGCAUGGAUUCCACUGAAAAUAAACCACCUGAAGACAUGCAAGAAGUAGUUCUGAAGGAUACACCAAUUGAACUGAAAUCAUCGGAGAGCAGUUGUGCAUGUUAAACCACCGAUCAGCCUAAUGGUAGACAAGACACUGAUCUAAGUUAAUUUAUAAAUUAAUCUCUUUCAAUGCUAGGACAGUGAUGAUCAGUCCGUGUCCUUUUUACAAUUUAUAAUGUGGAAAGGAACAGUACUGUAUCGAAGAGCUAUAACGAGUUUUUCGUGAAAAAAUAAAUAUCUCACGAUAGCUUAAGCAGACUGCUUUUACACAAUAACGUGUUUGUACUAGUAAAUCAUCAAAUCAUAAAUCAAUUAAUUUAAUUAAUUUAAACUUUUGUAUCUUUUCAUCAGAGACGCUUGCUUUUUUAACGUGUUGAUAAUAAUAAUAAUCAUUAUUAUAGAUAGUGCUUCGAUCAUUUUCUUAAACGAGAAACAAUUUUUCUAAAGAUCAUUUUAUUUGCAACAAAUAAUUAUAAUUUUAAGUAAUAAAAUUUUUUUUAUGUUUUGCAUUUUGACAAAAAAAAAAUUUGAAUGAAAUACUAGUCGUAUGCAUGAUCAGUGCUGCAAUUGCAUGAUAUAUGGUGCACUUAUAUAUAUACAUAUAUAUAUAUAUAUUUAUCGUCAUGUAUAUAUAAGUUGCAAUAUGCGAUAAACUAAUAGUGUAUAGACAAAUGAAGUUACGUAUUGCGUAAAUGCAGUCAAAAUAAUAGUCAACAAUUCGUUAUCAGAAUGAUCUGAUUGCAAACGCGAGCAAUAAGUCUCUUAUACACUUAUGAAUGCAUUUGUGGUGGCAUGGAUCGAUUUAGCAUAAAAGAACUCGUACAAUAUGUACCUGCGAGCGUACUGUAAAUGAACGGGAAAAGAUUUCAGCGAUGCAAAAUUAGUAAUUAAUAUUUUAUCUUUUAAAAACUUUUUAAUAAUAUUUUACGAAUACAUUGCUCAUGUAUAAUAGUUUUCUUUAACUUGGAACGAUCAUUGCAUAAAUUAGUAAGUUGCAUUUCUAUUGAAGUAUUAUUUAUAAACUGAAUAAUUCAUUUAUAUAUAUAUAUAUACAAAAAGAAAAAGAAAAAGAAAAAAAAAAGAAAAAAAAAUUUAAAUAGAGCAAAUUUUCGAAACUAUUGACAAAAUUGGAUUUGUAUAUAUGAACUUAAAAUUUAACUUAAAAUUUUGGGAUAUGGAUAGACAGAAUGCUAUUAUACCUAAUAUUAUGACAUUUUUGUUAAUACUUAUAUUGUAAUAUUUUAAUUUAUAUAAAAAACAUUCAAUAGCAUUAUUAUUUUUUUUAUAUUAGUUUUUUUUUUAGAACCAUAAUUUUUUCUUAUCAUACAUUUUUCCUUUUUUAUACAUGUUUCCUUGUUUUUUAACCAUUGUAAACGUAUUUUUAGUUUAAUAUCUCAAUCAGAAUUUAUAUACAAUUUAUAUUUUAUAUCAUAUCGUGAAAAUAUAAUAAGAAUGGCACUCAUAUAAUUUUUAAUCAAGGUGCUUUGUAGCUGUAAAAUUUCACUGUUAUUAAUAUUAGGGAAUGCUCCGUCCCGUUUUUAAAAUACUUAAAUUUUAUAUGCUUUUUGAGAUUAUAACUUAUUCUCGCUUUCAAAAAGAAAAAUACAUAAACUUGAUGACUCAAACUUUAAAUGGGACUAAAUUCUCAAUUAAUAUUAAGAGUCAUAGAUCAUAUAUACAUUUCAAAAAUUUUUUGUAAAAAUUACCCGAUAUUAUAUAAUGAUUCACUAUGCUGCCUAAAAACAAUCAAUCAUUCGAAUCCAUCAAUACCAUUUUUUUAAGAUAUACGUAACAUUUUCUUAAAAUUUACACGUAUCUAUUUGUAAGAUUAUUAUUAUAUAAUUAACAUCGACAUGCUGGUUCUUUUUUAAAUGAAACUAAUAGUUGAAUGUUAGCGGCAAUUGAAUGGUUACUGUGAUAACACCUUAACACACGAAAGCAGCUGUCGAUUUGCAGAAUCAAUCACCGAUGCAGAACGGCUCCGAGUCCGAGGGGGAGAGUGGCUGCAUUUGCUAGGGAGGUGGUUUAUCAGUGUGCAGCUAAAUAAUGCUAACUCCUUGAGACAUUCUGAUAUGAACCAAAAAAUCAUCACGUACUAUUAACAAGAUGCUGGCUUCUUCUGAUGUCUACAUCGUGGCCCAUAAGUUAACGCGCGACGAAGGCACAAAAACGUUUCAUUGACACCGUUCUUACUAUCGACUACUUCUGCCCCAAUCAAUCUCAUUUAAGUCGUUUAACCGUAGCGUGAUUAACCGAUCGUUUUGCUAUGAUUCAUGUUAAGAAAACAGCUUUGUGCGGUUAUAGUGCGCGUUGUUACGUUGUUGUAUCCGCCAUUUAUUCGACCAGAAUCUAGCGAUCUUUACAUUUACAUUUUACAGUAUGAAUCGGGAAUUGACGUCGUUCAAAAAAAAAAAAAAAAUGGAAAAAACAAGAAAUAUACCAUCGACCGAAUUACAUCGAUGUAAUGGCUACGUCACGAUGAUAGGGUAAUUGUUCCACGCUUGUUAAAAUUAAAAUAUCUUUGAACGUGCCCUUAAGCAAUACGCAAAACAGCUUUUUUGUGAAAUUGUACAUAUCACGAAUCUUGAUGUUGAGAAAGAAGUUCGAGAAAUCGAAGUAUAUACAUCGACUUUGUUUUUUUCUUUUUUUUUCUUUUUUUUUUUUACCUUGCCAUGAUAUUUCUUCGAAUCUCAACUUUUCGCGACUUUCGAACGGAAGUUGAAGUGGUACCAUUUUUUACGAAUAGCGUUUCCUUGCUUAUCCUAUCAUCGUUUCCUGUGAUCGCUGUUUUUCGAGGUGAAAAUCUGAAAUUCAACACGCACAAGAUACCGACAAGCUUAGACAAGAGUGUUCUAGACACAAAAGAUAUUCUAGACCUUAACGAAAACGACUGAAAGUAAAAUGUUUUAAUAGCCCAUCAACUAGUCGAGGAAAUCGAACGAUCGAGCGGUCUAUUCCUGGGGAUAUAUCUGUUACGAAAAAAUUAUUACUUACACGUAGAAUAUGUUAUUGGCGAGUCUGUUCGAUGGCGUAUUGUUCAAGGUUUAUAAUAUUGUAAUCGUAAUAACAAUCUUUAUAGACGUUUUUCAAUAUCUCUUGAUAAAUAAGCAAGCGACUCAAUACGCGAUCCGUUCAUAAAUUGAGAAAGAAGACGCACUAAAUGCGAUGAGAAUAAUUUUAGGGGAAAAAAAGGAUGAAAAGUGCUCAAUCGUUCACUCGCCAUUUUAUACGAUUAUUUCUUCAACCAUGGAAUCGUAUAUCGUCGUGGUUGUUCGUUAACGUAGGCGGUUAAUAUUUACAAAAUUGUCUUUUAAAAAAAAUCAUUGACACGAUUGAAACGAUUACUCGCUAACGUGUAAUCUUUCCAACGAGCAAUUACGGCCCAAACCGAAACUUGUUGAUUGUUUUAGCAAAUAUAUAUCGUUUAAUUCUAAAUAAAAGAAGGAAAGAGGAUAUUGUGCAAUUAGAAAAGAUAAAUGGAAGUUGCGUCUUCUUUCUAACGGAACAUACACGCAAAAAAAAAAAAAAAAAACAUAUACGCACGAAUAUGGAGGAAUCGGUAUAAGAAAAGAAAUGUUCGGAUCAAUUCAUGAACCUGUCUCGUUCGUCGCGACAUGUAACGAGCGUCGAGCAACGAAACAUAUUGCUCGUGUUUCAUCGAGGAGACUGAAUCUAAGCUUCUAAGCUCGCCGCCGUUUAAUCAGAAUCAGAAAAUAGACGAAAUAUAUACCGGAGAAAGUUGGAAAUAAUGUAUCGUGCCAGACAUAGAGUGGAGCGCUUUGGCGAGAAAAAUGUAGCGGCAAUUCCUCUAACAAGGGAGGUUUAGUUUAUCUGAAAAUUCGUGGGGAUGAAUUCGUGUCCCGUCAGCGAUAAUUGAGCGUGCCAUGAGGGGAGUGGGCCAAUUUUACACAUCUGCUAAUUAGAAUUUAGAAAAGGAAGGGACGAAAGGAAGGAAAAAAAGAAAAAGAUGGUAGACUCAUCGUCCGCAGGGGAAGGCGGAAGCCGACGAGAAAGCUCCGCUUGCCACGAGGCGUAAUAAAAUCACGGGGCGAGCGCAGCUUUCCCUGGCGUCGUCGUUGCACAUUGAUGUGAUAAGGCUUUUAUCCCGAGGAUACGACGAAAAGAGAAAAGAGGAGACGAUGGAAGAGAUAUGUUGAGCGAUAUGUUGUAAUUCAUUAAUCCGCCGUGCUUAACGCGAGCCUCUACGUGCACUCUAGCACUCCGUUUCUUCUGAACGUAAAAAAAAAAAAAACUGUCUCUCUAGCGCAGCCUCUUACGUGUAACAACGUGUAGCGUUGAUUCGCACCGUGUCGUGUAAUCGCAUCGUGCGAGAAUCGGGAAGUAUUCUGAUACGAAUCCAAAGAAACCAUUGUAUUAGAGAGACCAAAGGCACACCUCGUUGCGUUCCAUUACUUUCCUUACAUCCGCGAGAGCACGCUCGUCGAACGAAUGCUCUGAAAUGGGAUAAUGAAAAGAAAAGAAAAGAAAGAUAAUGGACAAUUGCUGGAUGGAUUCGUACCAUUGGACAUCUCGAGUGCACGCGAAGCGUAUAUUUUUCUUUCGUCCGGCUUCGCGUUCCGCGGAGAAGACACUCUGCUGCAGGCUCCUCGACCGGAAACGCGGUCGUAGCUCGAUUCGUAGAUUAGAUAUUCUUAGAACGUGUAACGUGUAUAACGGAGGGGAUAAAUUACGCUAUAUUCGUUUUAAUCUUUAUCGCCUAGCUCGCGAUGCUCGCGCCUAAAGAGAUGGAAAAGGGGAGGGGCGGAGGAGGGUCAUCAGAGGCGCGCUUCCGGUGUAAUUUAAAAGGAAGCCCUCUCGCUAGCGACGCUCGCGCGUGGCUGCAGCGCGUGUCUACUCCACGAGGGCGAAGCGUACGAAUCUAGAGAUACGCCGAUCUAGUCGGAACGACGAUCAUCGGGGAAGUCGACGCGGCCGAUGAUCGUUGAGUGAUCCGCGGUGCUUGUUUUUUCGGGGCACAGUGAGAUUGGUAUCCUUUCGGUUGCGGUUCCACCCUUUCGCCACGCAAGAGUAUUUCUUCGCUCCAACCAAAAAUUUAGCGUCGUCCAUUCGAGAUUACGAUUAUCUGUGAUUGACAAUGUGGAUUUAAUGUCGCGAAACAAUUAUACAAUUGUUCUCGCGUAUAGGAGUAUAUAAAUUCUUUCGUUGAACGUUUCAUUCGAGUUUCUUAAGGCGUAACAUUUUUCACGAUGAAGAUGAAGGAAAAGUAGGCUCGAAUCAAUGUUGGAAUCAAUUUUAUCGACUUCUUCGACGAAGUAUAGAAAAAGAUAGGAGAUACUCGGUUUCUAAGGUGAUUGCUCCUCGUUGCGAAAGGGUCAAUGGAGAUUCGAUAAUCUAGUAGCGAAAAAUGAUUUGUAGCGUCUCGGAGGAUUCUUGUGAAUGUAAUUUGCAAGGCAGCCGCGUUCUGUGGUAAUGUUAUUGUAGCCGAUGUUUCUUAGUUAAAUAGAAGUAUUCGCUGUAUCGUCUUUUUGCAAUUAAAUUGUCAAACUUAACGUAGCAGUAGGGUGCGAUAUUAAUUGUAAAGUUAACCCUUCCAGUCUUCGAUGUUGUCGAGAUUAUUAUUUUCAACGAAUAUUUUCUCUCGAUCAGAUAACAGAUGCACGUGUAAAUCAAUCGAUUCCUUUCCAAUUUUCGACGUGGAAGAAAAAAAAAAAAAAGAAAAACAAAACGAAAGUUGCCAUUUUUUCGUACAUUCAAUUUUCGAUUUUAUAUUUUCGAUAAUGAUAAUUUGACAUUAUUCUUCGUCAUAUUUCGUCGUACUCUUCCCUUUCUUUCUCCGAUUCCGCUUGGACUCGAAACGAAUGAUAAAAACCGAGGCUCGAAGGGUUAAACGUCUCAAGGCUUUAAGUUUCUCCGAAUAUAUUUAAUAUAAAAUAGAAACUAAUGUACGCUUUUGUUUAACGUGAUAAAACGAGAUCUUGCAAAAAUAUAAUUGAAAAUAAAUACUA